AUGGACGCAAUCCGUGCAAAAGCAAAGUUUGAUUCACUGAAGUCCGAAUACAACAUGAAAUUUGAGGUUAAAGAUGAGCAAAUUGAAGUAGCUUUGACAGUUGUAAAUGGACGAAAUGUUUUAGGACUUCUCCCAACAGGCUAUGGUAAAACACUUUGCAUCGUUCUUCCAACUAUUUUAUCUGAUGAGUCUAUGAUCACGCUAGUGGUGUCACCGCUCACAUGUUUAAUAGAUGACCAAAUAUCCAGUCUUCGAGGCUUCAACCUUACAUGUACAAAAAUUGGCUCUGAUAUGGACAAGGAUGAUAUUUUAGGUAUUAAAGAAGGAAAAUUCUCUUUUGUGUUUUCCUCUCCAGAAUCAGCAUUGAUGCCGCAAUGGAGAAGUGUUUUUAUGACAGAUGUGUGGCAAAAAAAACUUAAAUUAAUUGCAAUUGAUGAAGCACAUUGUGUGUCUGAAUGGGGGGAGAGUUUUAGAAAAGAAUACCAAAGACUUUUUGAGCUUAGAAGUUUUUUUGAUGUUCCUGUAAUGGCCUUGACUGCAACAUCCACAAAAGAAGUAAAAGCCGAUAUUUUUAAGUAUUUACAGUUAUCUGAUGAGUGUACAGACAUCGUGUUCAAGAGUCCCGACAGAGCUAAUAUUUACAUACAAUUCUAUAAAAGAGUAACAUCUGAUUAUGAUGAAAGUCUCAAAUGGCUGAUUGAUCAUCUACGCCUUCGUGGUAUUGCAUCAAAAAAAGUAAUUGUGUAUUGCAGAUCAAUCGAUAGAGUAUCGGAAAUAUUUUGCACACUAAAGGACUGUCUUGGAGUAAAGGCAUACAUUGAUGGCAUCAAGGACCCAAAUAAUAUAUUAGUUGAAAUGUUCCAUAAAAGUACACACCAAGAUUCGAAAGAUAGAAUUUUAAAAGAAUUCAAACUGAAAGAAAGUAGGAUCCGAUGUGUGAUUGCUACAGUUGCUUUGGGUAUGGGUCUCGACAUACGGGACGUAGACUUAGUAGUACAUAUUGGAUGUUCUUAA